AGGUGAAAAAUGACAAAAAAAUGAACUGUUUAGAUGACAUUCAGAUGUCAUUGCUGUGAUGGAGAAAAUGCUGUAACAAUGCAGGAUAAAACUAUAACACCCUCAGAAAAAUAUCAGGAUCAGAUAAAAUAUCACAAUCUUAUUUGUUGGAAUCAAGAGUGAAUUCCUUUUGGGUUUUCUAAUAGCAAAUAAACAUUCAACAUCUUUAUUUUAUCAAUAUCUUGAUGACAAUAAUAUCUCUCAAUGCUCGAGACCUGAGAAGACACUACUGCCUAUUUUGUCAAUCUGAUGAGGUAAAACACAUUUUUAGAUUAGCCCAUAAAUCGGAUAAUAACCAACUCUGUAAAGAACUUGUUUGGUGAGAAACGCCACCCACAACUAUUCUCUGGUUAAGACGUGUGAAUGCUGCUGGGUAUGUCAGACCAGAAGGAGUUUCAGUAUCAAGGACUCUUUUCUAAAACAGACCCAGCCAUGAGGGACCGUCUGAGCCACAUGCAGGAGCUGUCCCAGUCCAACGGCCAUGUGGAGCAGAUGGACUAUGCCGAGUCCGGGGAGUCCGUCUCCGGGGACUCCAUCAAUGUGGACCUGGAGGAGGAGCUCCCUCACCAGGCUGUGGUGUGGGACAAUACCCCUGAACUGGAGGAGGUCUUCUCCCAGUCCCAGCAGGUCCACCGUGAGGUCCAGCUUAUCCGCCUCGAGGUCAAACGCUUACGUGAGCAGAACUCACGUGUGCUCCAGGGCACCACUAGGAUGUCAGUCGUUAAGAGAGACUCCAACACCAUCGCAGCUGACAUUAAGGCCCGUGCUGAGGGUGUGCUGACGUGCCUCAAGGACAUGGACUCCGCAGUGCGGGAGCUGGAGGCAGUGCAUGGCUCCAACGCCGCCGUGACUCGCAUCGCCAGGACCCAGUACGCCUGCCUGAGCAACAGCUUCCGUGAUGCCAUGUUCGACUACAAUGAGACAGAGAUGAGCCACAGGGAGAGUUGCAAAGCCCACAUUCAGAGGCAGAUGGAGAUCGUGGGGCGGGAGGUGACGGGUGAGGAGGUGGAGGAGAUGAUCGAGACAGGCCAGUGGAAUGUCUUCAAUGAGAACAUCCUGUCAGAGGGCAAGACAGCGCGCUCGGCGCUCAACCAGAUCGAGAGCCGCCACCGAGAGCUGCUGGACCUGGAGAGCAGGAUCCAGAGCAUCCAUGAGAUCUUCCUGGAUGUGGCUCUGCUGGUGGAGGAGCAGGGCCCCAUGAUGAACACCAUCCAGACCAAUGUCCAGAAAACAGAUGUGGCCGUCCAGGAGGCACUGGUCAAAAUCAGCAAGGCCAAGCGCCACAACAAGAACAACCCCUUCAAGAAGAUGUUCUGCUGCUGCUUCCCCUGCGUCAAAUGAGGCAGAGACUGAGGAAGAAGACUGGGCAGUGUUGUAGUACUCAGUCCGGUCUCAAGAUGGUCUUGUCUCGGUGUCCAGUAUUGACUUGGUCGCGGACAUUGAGGACUCAUCAUUUCUUCCUUGGACCAGCCAACACCAGCGGAGUAAAAAACUCAUAAUUAUCCGCUUCCAUUCAGCUAAUUCAUAUAUUUUAUUGUAGCCUUAGUUAUCUAUCAUCUGUUAGAAAACAGUCAAAUCUCGCUGAACCAUCCUAUCAACCCUACUAAAUCAGAACCCUCCUAUCACCCACCCUUGGAUACCAAUGGCAAUAUAUACUUUGGAAGAGUCUGUGAAAUAAUUAUAUUAUUGCCUUUUUUAAAUAUGCUUUUCAGGCACUGAAGUACAUCUAAAUAAACAUAUCAAUGCCUUUCUAGAAGAAGAAAAAACACGGUUAUUUUCUGCUUUAGAAAUGUUUGUUUUCUACCCUCCUAUAGUUAAUUCCCUCUACCCUUAACAGUAUAUAAACUGUGAGAUAAUAAUGAUUAAAGUGUACUUUUUUGUUGUUCUCUGUCUGAACAUUAAAUCCACAACUUUAAACGAGAAUAAAAUUAAGAAUACUUUU